AUGUGCAGACACCACCGCGAGGCCGACACGGCGGAUGCCAGCGUGGAUAUCUCAAAGGGAAGAGAAGUCUUGCCAAAGAACGUCAGGCCGCUUCACUACAAUCUUACACUCGAGCCCAACUUCACUACCUUCAAGUACGAUGGAACGGUCGAGAUGGAUCUGGAUGUUGUCGAGGAUACAAAGUCGAUAUCGCUCAAUGCAUUGGAGCUCGACAUCACGGACACCAAGGUCGUCUCGGGAGACACCGUGAUCGCUUCCUCGCCCAAGCUCACUCACGAUGAGGACACACAGACCACCAAGGUCCAUUUCGACCAGACCAUACCCGCUGGCUCCAAGGCGAAGCUGGUGCAGAAGUUUGUGGGAACACUCAAUGACAACAUGGCUGGUUUCUACCGCUCAUCGUACAAGACCGAGAGUGGAGAGGAUGCCUAUAUCGCAACCACCCAGAUGGAGCCGACAGACUGCCGGCGAGCGUUCCCGUGUUUCGACGAGCCGGCUCUGAAGGCCACCUUCACCGUGACGUUGAUCGCCGACGACAAGAUGACCUGCCUGAGCAACAUGGACGUGGCGGGCGAGAAGCAGGUCGACUCGGCUCAGACGGGAGGCAAGCGCAAGGCAGUGACCUUCAAUAAGACACCUCUCAUGUCGACCUAUCUUCUUGCCUUCAUCGUUGGAGAGCUUCAAGUGCACGAGAACAACAGUUUCCGCAUUCCCGUCCGAGUCUUCUGUACACCAGACAAGGACAUUGACCACGGCAAGUUCUCCGCUGAUCUCGGUGCCCGCACCCUGGAGUUUUACGAGAAGCAGUUCGCCAGCGAGUUCCCUCUGCCAAAGAUGGACAUGGUCGCUAUCCCCGAUUUCUCGGCUGGGGCUAUGGAGAACUGGGGUCUGGUAACCUACCGUGUUGUCGAUGUACUGCUGGAUGAAAAGAACGUUUCCGCCUCGACGAAGCAGCGAGUCGCUGAGGUCGUUCAGCACGAGCUCGCACAUCAAUGGUUUGGCAACCUGGUGACCAUGGACUUCUGGGAUGGCCUGUGGCUGAACGAGGGAUUCGCUACCUGGAUGUCUUGGUACAGCUGCAAUGUCUUCUAUCCAGAGUGGAAGGUAUGGGAAGGCUACGUCACGGAUAAUCUUCAGUCUGCGCUUGGUCUCGACUCCCUCCGAAGCUCGCACCCAAUCGAGGUACCCGUCAAGCGUGCGGAUGAAAUCAACCAGAUCUUCGAUGCAAUCUCAUACUCCAAGGGUUCUUGCGUGCUGCGCAUGAUUUCCAAGUAUCUCGGUGAAGAGACCUUCAUGGAGGGCAUCCGUCGCUACCUCAAGAAGCACGCGUACGGAAAUACUCAGACCGGCGAUCUUUGGGCUGCUUUGAGCGACGCCAGCGGCAAAGACGUGGAGCGCGUGGCCGACAUUUGGACCAAGAAUGUUGGUUUCCCCGUCGUCACCGUCACCGAAGAUGCUGCCAAGAGCUCGAUCCACGUCAAGCAGAACCGCUUCCUUAGAACAGCAGACGUCAAGCCUGACGAGGAUCACACCCUCUACCCUGUCUUCCUUGGCUUGCGAACCAAGAAGGGGAUCGACGAGGAGCUUACCCUAAAUCAGCGAGAGGCUGACUUCAAAGUGCCGGAUCUUGACUUCUACAAGUUGAAUGCCGACCACUCUGGUAUCUAUCGCACUUCGUACUCCCCAGAACGUCUACAGAAGCUGGGUCAGAAUGCCAAGGAAGGUCUCUUGAGCGUUGAGGACCGUGCUGGUAUGAUUGCGGAUGCUGGUGCCUUGUCAGCGGCCGGGUACCAGAAGACUUCCGGGCUCCUGUCCUUGCUGAAGAGCUUCGACACCGAGUCUGACUUUGUUGUCUGGGAUGAGAUCACCGCUAGAGUCGGUGCUGUGCGCUCAGCCUGGAUCUUCGAGGACCAGAAAACGCGAGAUGCGCUCAAGGCCUUCCAGCGCGAACUCACCAGCAAGAAGUCGCAUGAACUUGGCUGGACGUUCAAGGACAGCGAUGGACACAUUGAGCAGCAAUUCAAGGCUCUUCUCUUCGGCUCCGCGGCUGCGUCGGGCGAUGAGAAGGCCAAGGCUGCUGCCUUUGACAUGUUUGACAAGUUCGUAGCUGGCGACAGAGCAGCACUGCAUCCCAACUUGCGCGCCAGCGUCUACGCUGUAGUGCUCACGUACGGUGGUGAGAAGGAAUACAACGCUCUCGUCAAGGAGUACGAGACGGGGAAGAGAAGCGACGAGCGCAACACCGCUCUGCGCUCCCUCGGCCGUGCCAGGCAGCCCGAGCUCAUCCAGCGCUCGCUCAACUACUCUCUCAGCAAGAACGUCAAGGAACAGGACAUCUACCUGCCACUUGCUGGUCUACGCGCCCACCGCGAGGGUACCGAAGCCUUCUGGGCGUGGAUGAAGGAGAACUGGGAUCUGCUCAGGGAGAAGAUGCCACCUUCCUUCACACUUCUCGGCAGCGUUGUCUCGAUGGCAACUUCGGGCUUCACGAAGCAAGAGCAACUGGACGACGUGGAGAAAUUCUUCGCGGACAAGAGCACCAAGGGCUUUGAUCGGAAUUUGGCGCAGAGCCGGGAUGCCAUUCGCGCUAAGAUCGGAUGGCUGCAGAGAGAUGCCAAGGACGUCGAGGAGUGGCUGAAGCAGAGCAAGUAUUUGUAG